GGGAAAAACAAUUACGGAGUACCUCUGUGCGGCGGAAAAGAGAGGAAGAGAAAGAACAGAAUAGGACUGGACGAACUGGUCUUCUAAUCGCCACUACUCCUCCGUGCCGCUGCUAUCGUUCGCCGAAGAUUAUUCGCCACUUGCAGUUUUGUUUAAUUCGUCUAAGUAAUAGAGGUAACAAGAAUGAUGAAUAAGGAACUAUCCUGGAAGGCAGAGAGGACGAGAUGAUGGAUGGAUGCUGGCUGGAGGAGUUAUCUUGUUUAAUAUUUAACCCAUCUCACCCUCCUGCUGCCAUAGCCGCAACUGCCGCCGCUGUUGUUGCCGACAGUCAAUCUCCCAGUCGCGACUGUUGCCGAACCUACGACCUUCGGAUUGGGGCCUCGAGCGUUGCUUGUCGGCCACCAAACAUCAUCCCCAUCCUCAUCUUUUGGGAACAUCGAGGACUAGCAGCAGUCGCCUUCAGAUGCGGUGUUCAGCUACAGUCACCUAUGGAGGUUACAACCCAUUAAAAACCCAACUGAACAAACCCGUUGUGCAUUAUAAGCGUUUUUCUCCUUAAACAACGCCAUGGUAUGACAAUGCAUAUAUGUUCCCCUGCUUUUGUUAUGUGUGUAUGUGAUUUUAUGGUUGUAAUAUGACACUAAGUGUAGUUUUCUGCAAAGAGUAAUUUAUGAUAUGGAAACUGUAUCAUUUUUGGAAUAAAUAAAAAAUAUGCUAAACCACACUUAAGAUGCCCUAAAGAUCCCUUAAUAUAUAAAGAAAUAACAUCGCAUGGG